CUCCGGCUUGCCUUCUUGCCUUUUUAUUAUUAUUAUUAUUAUUAUUAUUUGGAUUUAGCGAUGGCAAAUUCCUUCACGGCCGGGACCUGGCCCAUCCCCUGAGCAAAGCAGCCUGGACAUGACCGGCAGGCGAGGGAGGAGGAAUCGUGAUUCCCUCCGGAGGCUCCGACCCCUCCCUCCCCCCCCUCCUCUCCUCCUCCGGCCGGUGCGAGCCCGGCGGGGGCAGCCCGGCUCCGGCCGCUCCGUUUCCCCGGAGCAGCUCCGCGUCCCCCCGGCUCCGGCCCCGCCCCGGCACGGCACGGCGGGAUGCAGCAUCUCCAGCAUCGGGACGGAUCCCUGCUGCAAUGAGAUUUGAGUCUUGACGUGAAGACACUGACAAGAAGAUCUGCAGAGAGUGUGUGCUUCAGCCCUAAGUAACUGUGUCAGAAGCUAAGCUUGACUAAAGACCAAAGUCAAGAGACAAAGAUGGCCAUCUGUUGGAAGAGCUGCUUCUUCACUCUUAUAUUGCUUCCCAUGGUUACAGCAACACAUUCUAACUGCAUAAUUAAAAAGGAGCAAGAAACCUGUCUGGAGAAAAUACGAAGGGCAGCUGCCUUGAACCCUCUUAAUGACUCUUCUCCAGGUUGCCCAGGAAUGUGGGACAACAUUACAUGCUGGAAACCUGCAAGUGUGGGUGAAAUUGUCUUUGUCAAGUGUCCUGCUCUGUUCAGAUUUAUCAUCUCUGAAGAUGGUUUGGAAGUAGACAACUUGGGGCAAACUCAUGCAGGUGAUUAUGACCUGCUGGAAAGCACAGCUGAGACUCCCCUAGGGGACAUCAGCAGAAAUUGCACUGAAGAUGGCUGGUCUGAACCUUUUCCUCAUUAUUAUGAUGCCUGUGGCUUUGAUGAAAAUGAAACAGAGUCAGACAACCAGGAUUACUACUAUCUAUCCGUGAAGGCGCUGUACACAGUUGGAUACAGCACGUCUCUCGUUUCCCUCACCACUGCCAUGGUGAUCCUGUGUCGUUUCAGGAAGCUUCACUGCACUCGGAACUUUAUCCACAUGAACCUCUUUGUUUCAUUCAUCCUACGUGCAAUAUCAGUAUUCAUUAAAGAUGGAGUUCUUUAUGCUGAGCAAGAUGGCAACCACUGUUUUAUCUCCACUGUGGAAUGCAAAGCAGUGAUGGUGUUUUUUCACUACUGUGUCAUGUCCAACUACUUCUGGCUUUUUAUUGAGGGGCUGUACCUUUUCACAUUACUGGUAGAAACCUUCUUCCCAGAGAGGAGGUAUUUCUACUGGUACACCAUUAUUGGCUGGGGCACCCCGACAAUUUGUGUCACUGUCUGGGCAGUGCUGAGGCUUCACUUUGAUGAUACUGGCUGCUGGGACAUGAAUGACAACACAGCCUUGUGGUGGGUGAUCAAGGGUCCUGUGGUUGGGUCAAUCAUGAUAAACUUUGUGCUUUUUAUUGGCAUCAUUGUGAUACUUGUGCAGAAACUCCAGUCACCUGACAUUGGAGGCAAUGAAUCCAGCAUUUAUUUCAGCUGCGUUCAGAAAUGCUACUGUAAGCCUAAGAGGGCUAACCAGCACUCUUGCAAGAUGUCAGAACUAUCAACCAUUACCCUGAGAUUGGCUCGCUCUACACUACUGCUUAUCCCCUUGUUUGGAAUUCACUACACGGUGUUUGCUUUUUCUCCGGAAAAUGUCAGUAAGCGGGAGAGACUAGUGUUUGAAUUGGGACUGGGAUCUUUCCAGGGUUUUGUUGUUGCUGUUCUCUAUUGUUUCUUGAACGGGGAGGUGCAAUCAGAAAUAAAGAGAAAAUGGAGGAGCUGGAAAGUCAACCGGUAUUUUGCUGUGGAUUUCAAACAUCGUCAUCCUUCUCUAGCGAGCAGCGGAGUGAACGGGGGGACACAACUCUCCAUUCUGAGCAAGAGCAGCUCUCAGAUUCGGAUGUCCAGCAUAAAUGCGGAGAAUCUAGCGACAUGA